AUGGCAGCCGUACGUGUUUCCAGCGUCUUGGUAGCUUCGUUGUCGUUGUUGACCUGCUUCCAAACUUCCCAUGCUAAUCCUAUCACGCGACGAACCGACUUCGCUGUCAAGGACUUUCAUCCUGCUCCUCGAGCAUGGACAAACUUGGGUGCAGCUCCAGGUGAUCAUUUGAUCAGCCUCUCCAUAGGUCUAUCGCAAAACCGUUUCUGGGAACUUGAGAGGCAUCUUUACGAAGGCAAGCAAUCGCUCCACAACAUGUCAGAUCCAGCUCAUCCUCGAUAUGGACAACAUCUUUCUGCCGAAGAGGUAAAUGAACUGGUCAAACCAUCCGCUGAAGCAUCGAAUGCUGUACAUCAAUGGUUGGAAACUCAUGGUGUUGAACCUCAUCAUGUCUCGUACAGUCCAGCCAAGGAUUGGAUCUCCAUCACUCUACCUCUUUCCAUGGUAGAGGAAAUGCUUGACACCGAAUACUCGGUCUACGAGCACAAGGACGGAUCAACCCUGGUACGAACCGAAGGAUACUCACUUCCUCUCCAUCUCCACGAGCAUAUCAGCACCAUUCAACCCACCAAUUCGUGGGCCAGACUUGAAGGCCACAAGAAGCGAAACGAAAUCAAGAGGCGUACAAACCAUGUUGCAGUGGUCGCUGAUGAUUGGUCUCCCGCUCCUCUUGUUCCUCUGCCGGAUAAUGCUACUGUCUCUGCCGUCUGUAAUUUCACGAGCGUCACUCCCGACUGUGUCAGAACUCUCUACGGAACUUUGGACUAUGUUGCCAAGUCCGCUGGUGUGAACAAGAUGGGCCAUACCAACUACCUCGAGGAAGCGACGAAUCGGUCCGAUAUCAGCAUCUUCUUGGGCUUAUACCGUCCAGAAGCUCAGGCAUAUGCAUACGAAUUUGAGACCAUCUCCAUCGAUGGAGGAGUGAUCGACAAUGGCACCAAUGUUGCCGAUGAGGACAGAGAUUUGGAGGCUAAUCUCGAUGCUGAGUACAUGAUCGGUGUGGGCUAUCCCACACCAUUGGUUGCUUAUCAUACCGGGGGCCGCAAUCCGACCUAUGUCCCAGAUCUUCUAACCACCGACAACAGCGACGAGCCAUUCCUGACGUGGGCCAAUUAUAUUGUGGCGCAGGACGACAUCCCCCAGGUGAUUUCGACCUCGUAUGGUGAUGAUGAACAAACUGUAAGCAAAGCCUAUGCGGAAGCAGUAUGCAAGCAGUUUGCUCAACUCGGUGCACGAGGCGUCUCUUUGUUCUUCUCCAGCGGAGACUUUGGUGUUGGUACGGAUGAAACAUGUAUCAGCAAUGUUGAUAACUCAACCUACAUGUUCAUGCCCAGCUUCCCCGCGGACUGUCCUUAUGUGACGAGUGUUGGUGCUACCACGGGCUUUCCUGAAUCUGCAGCAUGGAGGAAACUUCGUUCAGGAGCCUACUUCACCAGCGGCGCCGGUUUCAGCAACUAUUUCCCUCAGCCUGAGUACCAAGCCGGUGCAGUUGAUGGCUACGUUGCUGGUCUGAACGGUCUUUAUGAUGGUUUCUACAAUAAAUCAGGUCGCGCAUACCCCGAUCUCUCCUGCAUUGGUCAAGUGUUCCCAACCAUCUGGAACGGCAGCACACAUGGAUUGGUUGGGACCUCAGGGUCAUCGCCUAUCUGCGCCGCAGUCUUCGCCCUGUUGAACGACGCUUUGAUCACGGAAGGAAGACCUCCCAUCGGAUUCCUCAACCCCUGGCUCUAUGCUCAUGGACACAAGCUAUUUACUGAUGUGACGAACGGUACCUCGGCCGGCUGCAACACUUCAGGUUUCCCUGCCACAGAGGGGUGGGAUGCUGUCACCGGUUGGGGUACUCCAUACCUUCCGAAUCUACUCGAAGGAUUUGGAUUAACCAAGUGGUAA